CUACCAUCAGUGCAGUUUUUAUCCCAGCAAAGUAUCGUAAAGGUUGUACCUGUCGUGCAGUUUGAUUGGUGAUUAAAAUUUAAUUCCUCUUCGAAGGAUAAAUACUUUUCUAUAUUCAGAAUCCGGCAGUAAAACAUUGUUUGUUGGCCGGAAAGUGAAGCGAAGGACGAGAUAAUAUCAGUCAUUGUAAGCGGGAAAGAAGCAAGUACCGCUUCCGUCGUUGCAUUUUUAUCAGAAUAUUUUGAGAAGAAAGUGCAAAGAAGAAGAAUAACGAACUGCGACUCUCGUUGCGCCGAAGUGACAGCGUAAGGAAUGAAGCAACGCUGCAAAUAGAGAUACAGGGUGGCUACGUAGGGAGCGAUCAGAGAUCUGUUCACACUGAUUUAUGAAGCGUCGCCGAGAAUAAUCUGAGUGAAAGCCUUUUGAUAUGGGAGAACAGCAUGCAAGUGGCCGCGGUACAAAAACAUCAGUAGAUCAAGAGAAGAGCCAACUUGGAUAGUGAGAGACGAUAAUAGAAGAAUAUCCCGCAAGACCCCUCCGCCGUACAAACGUGCAUACGGUACCGUGAGUGAGGAAGCGGAUUGCCGAUAAAAGAAGAAUCGCGUAUAUAAAGCGCUAAUAAGUGAGAGAGCAGAGUCGUGAAGAGCGCGAAGCUGCGAAAAAGAAGCGAUAUUCAAUUUUGGAGGAUUUUUCGCCUAGUGUUUUUGGUUCUGGUUCUGGAAUUUGCUCUGAUCACCUGUGGGGAACACUGUGCUACUGGCCACAAGAACAUCCGGUUAAAGCGUAGUUCCUAGUGAAAAACGCUGAAAGAAUGGUUAUGGCUAAAAAUCGGUGCAAUUAAGGGAAAGAAAGAAAAACGAGAAAAUCUCGAGAAUAGGAGUAACAUGUGCAGGGCUAGAUGGAAUGGCCAAUCACCUAUUGUGGGUUGUCCAGAAUUUAACUGAUGUCGUCGAAGGGCUAUCAGUAGUUAAAAGAACAAAUUACAACUAUCAGCUGAUUAGCUACCCUAUAAAGCAAUGCAAUCGUUCUAGAGUAACCGACGUAUCACCUCAACAGUUCGAGUAUUCAUUUGCUAAUAGGGUCUUUUUUCGAGCCACAGAAAAUCAAGUGUUGUGUAAAUUAAUUAUUUGCAGUUUGGCCAUUGAGCCCAAAGUUGCAAACUCCACCGCGCUCAACGUAUUCUAAGGUCAAACUAUUAAUCUUUUCCUUGAUCGGAUGCUGUUAUAUUUAUAGUUUUAAAAGGAAUAUUUAUUUAUUUAUUUUCUAUUUAUUCGCCUUCCUCUAAAAUCCUCUAUUGUUUAAGCGAGACAGUAUGCUCUCCGAUAAAUAUUUCGCUUGUGAAUCACUGAAAUAAUAGAAGGCAAUACGCGAACCUGGCACAAGAUUUUAACGACAGUACUAAACUGGCGCCCGGAGUCAGAAUCGAAACUUUUCAGAACAUAAGCGGUAGAAUUAAUGUCUAGCAAAAAAAUGCAUCCGCCGGUCGCUUUACAUUCGACCGGGCAAACCGGCGCCAAAGGCCAUCUACUGUCUGCUUCUUCUGUCGUCGGUUCAAAAUCUAUCACGGGCAAGGACCGCCAUAAUGCGGAAAACAUAGUUCCGUCCCAUAAUGGAACCACUGGAAGUGAUGAUAGUACACCACAAGCGAAUACUCCCGGAAAUGGCACUAUAGGUGGCGCUAAAAAAUGCAGCAACAAACCAAUCACGGUCGUUGCAUCGAAUAACACCAAGAUCCAACAGGUUGGGAUCGGCUCGUCAGCAAUAUCGUCACUGAACAGUAUCAAUCGGCGUAAGAGUCAUCGAACCCACUCGCCGAACCGGAAGCGCCAGGAGCAGCAGAAUAUCUUCAACAGCUUGAAAGCUUGGAAUGUGAAGAUUGCGCCCAGCACGAAGGAUCCAGUUGAAAACGAAUCUGGUGCGCGGGUAAGCAACGAUGCCACUCCGAAGAAUGGUGGUAGUGAUAUCGCCAAAGCUAACAUCGGAACCAGCAGUGGCAGCUGUAGUACUUCUGCAAGUGCAUCGAGCAAUGUUAGCAGCAAUACUAGCGAUAACAGUAGCAUUAGUAAUUGUAGUAUUAGUAGUAGUAGUAACAGUGAUAAGAAUGUUAAGAAGAAUGAAUAUCCUCUGAUGAUUGCGGCUGCUGUUCUACCGAAGGAAAUCGAACCUAUCGUGGAGGCACAAAGUGCGAAAAAGUCCACCGAUGCGGCCGGUGAUUCCAAUCGAAGCAAUUUAGGAGGAGAUCAGAAAAGUGAAGCAACUCUUACAUCAUCGUCGACGUUGACAGCGGUCAGUGCAGCGGAUAGUAGGUCUCACGGGGGAGUGCUUACUGUUGCGAAGAGUAACAAGAAGUUGCUGAACGCUAGCGGAGGCUUCAGCGCAAACCAUCGUCACCCGGGAGCGACAGCCCAUUUGUCAUCACCAUCCACCAUGGGUACAUCGUCAUCUUUCUCAGGGUCGUCCACCUCGCAAUCAUCACCAACGGUUCCCGUGGCAUCAUCCGCAUCCAGUACGAUGUCAACCGUAACAUCAACCAAGCUUAAUGGUAACGGAAGCACUAGGGCUUCCAAUGUCGGAAAAGUGCUGCUUCCUAAUGUUAAUCCUCUAGCUGGCCCACCGUUGGACCCAAUAGCCCUGCUGCAGGGCAAGUUGAGGAAUCCGAUGAAACUGGAUAAUUUUAUCACAUCACCUCAAACACAUCACAUUUCCCAUAAUCAUUCCACGCUUCCGCAUCAUCAACUGCAUGGCCCACUUCAACAUGGUCAACAGCAGCAACAACAACAACAGCACCAGCAACAGAUACCUCCUACAUCUCCGCAAUACAGUUUGGAUUUUUUGCAUUACGUUGGAAAGCGAAUGUCCAACACUAACGGAACUAGUCAGUCUGGAAACUCAUCCUCAACCGCUGCUGUAACCCCCCUGUAUCGUGGGAGUCCUCAUUUUAAUUAUAACAAUUUCAACCAACAGCUGCAUCAACAACAACAACAGCAAAUGAUUCAACAGCAGUUGCAGCUGCAGCCUCUGCAACAUGUGCACAGGCACUUUCCCAACUAUUACGAUGAAAUGCUGAAUCAGACGCCUGGUGGAGGUGACGCCACAUAUACCGGUUUUGGCGUUCCAGACCAUUUGACAAACAAUACAAGUGGUGGUAAUUCCAACAUAGCUGGUGGUGCUUCCAAUGACACUGGAUUGGCCUAUUGCUAUUCGCAAAAUCACCAACAUCAUCUACAUCAAAGUCAUCAUACACAGCAGCAACAAACCUAUGGUCAGGGCGGGCAUCAAAACAAUAAUUACCAGCAACAUAAUAGGAAUUAUGGGCGUGGAGGACAUUCAACACAUCAGCAUAGCGGAAGUGGAAACCCUCCGCCCGUGGGUAAACGGUCUUGGAACAACAAUUGGCACAGCGGUAAAAAGGUGAACAUGUUGCAUGGCAAAUAUGGAAACAAAAAUUCCGGGUUUAAUCAUGGCUACCGAAAAAAUUAUCACUAUCACAACAAUCAUCACACCAAUAGCAAUCAGCAGCAAUACGAUCAUCACCAAAGCCACCAGCAGGAUCAUUUACGAAAUUUGGUUUACAUCAGGGGGUAUGAGAGGGGUCACGGUGUUCCCCGCAGCCAGGACAGUAUAAGCCGUUCACCCACGCCAAGCCCACAGUCGGAAAGUCCGUCCAUUGACACGGGAGAACCGGCUGAAGUUGGAACAACUGUUUCCUCUCGUCAUGAUGAAAAAUCUGACAGUGGUAUAGAUGAAGUCGUUAGGGAUCUUAAAAAAUGCACGGUUCCUAGUUCGUCCUCUUCUUCUUCUUCGAUGGCUUCUAUUCCAUCGACUGAUUCAUCCGCUGUUUCUUCGUCUGUUUCGCAAAAUCUUAGUCUCGAACUAAACGGCGGAACAGGUCCAGGCUAUGAGUCUGACUCGUCACAUUCCUCCAGCUACAACGGCCACACGUAUCGCCACCGGAAGUACACAAACGGUGGUCAGGUUUAUCGGUCUUCCUCGUCUACUUCCUCGGGUGUGUCGUCAACAGCAGCUUUCCCGCCAAUCAGCACAUCAACGACAACAACCCCUCAAGUUGCAGAUUUUUUCCUACGAAGCCAAAGCUAUCACGGUUCCCAUCAGAACUUGGGAACCGUCAGUGGUGGUACCAGUCCAAAUCCACCUGGUUCACCGAUCGGUACUGCACUUUCUCUUAUCGGGACACAGUCUAUGCCUAUGUUUAGCGAGUUAUUUACCGGAAUUCAGCACAAUCAUCACCAGCAGCAGCACCCACAGCCACACCAUGUUCACACUCAUCAAAACGCUCUUUAUGGAAGCAAUAGCUCACUGGAGUUGUCGCUACAUACGGGAACUGGUAGUUCGUCAACCAAUUCCAACGUAAGCAACUGCAGCACCGUUAGCAAUGGUAGCAGCAGUGGUUAUAGCAGCGCCCCACCGUCUACGGUGCCGCCCAACGAGAUUUACUCGAUGCAGAGCGGACAUCCGAAAAGACGUUAUUCCGGUCGAUCAUCACCAGUGUCGUUUUCCGGUUCCAACAAACCGAACGGAACGUCGGUAGGUGGAUCGAGCACAACAGCCACAGUAACCGUGUCUAGUCAUCAGCAACAGAAACAAGCCCAAACUCAAACCCAGUCACAACCGCUGAGUCCGUCGUCGUCGUCAACGCUCAAUCGAAAGAAUACACCCGCCUGGAGCCAACAGAGGCCGCUAACGGUGCCAGUAUCGACAGUCACGGUUACGACAACAACAUUACAACCGCCACCACCACCACCACCACCACCAUCGUUUCCUCCACCGUCAAAUGAUGCUAGUAGCAAUUUUCAUACACCUGCCGAUCGAUUCCUAGCGCGAUCUCACCUGGUGGAGCUCAUAUCUCCGCCAGAGGACCUUGCUCCGGCUGGGAGUAAGUGGGCUCCACUAUCGGAUGCCAUUUGGAAAAAGUUUGCUGGUGCUCAACAAACGCAGCAUAAGUUUGUCCAGAAAAUCCACCUCUGGCGGUAUCUAUUCAUGUCCAUCCGAAAAGCGUUUCCACGGUUCAGCCUGUACCUGGUUGGAAGUACAAUAUCUGGAUUCGCUUGUGACAGCUCCGACGUGGAUAUGUGUUUAGUCUGCCGAUCAAACACCGUGCCGUUUGAUAUGCGAGGAGAAGCUCUGUUUCAGCUUGGACAGCUCAAGAACUAUUUUAUGAACAUUAGUACAUACUUCGAAGAGUUUAGUGUCAUUCAAGCUAAGGUUCCAAUUUUGCGAUUUCGAGAUACAACGAACUCGAUAGUUGUCGAUUUGAAUUAUAACAACAGCGUCGGCAUUCGAAACACUCAUUUGUUGUACUGCUAUUCACAAAUGGACUGGCGUGUCCGCCCGUUGACGCUGGUCGUCAAAAUGUGGGCUCAACAUCAUAACAUCAACGAUGCAAAGAACAUGACGAUCUCGAGCUAUUCGCUGGUACUGAUGGUGAUCCAUUUCCUUCAGUACGGGGUCAGCCCUCCGAUUCUGCCCUGCUUGCAUGCGAUGUACCCGGAUAAGUUUGUGGAUUGUGAAUCUUUACAGCGGAUGUCGGACUUUAGCAACCUGGACCUGACGGAAACGGUGGAACCAUACAAGAAUGACAAUUUACAGUCGUUGGGAGAACUGUUUCUGUUGUUUCUGGAGUACUAUGCCAAUUUUGACUACACGCACUAUGCCAUAUCGGUCCGAACGGCAUCGGUUAUUCCAAUCGAAAGUGCUCGCAUUGCACGCAGCUACAAAAACGAUCCUCACCACUGGCGUCAGCUGUGUAUCGAAGAGCCUUUCGAUUUGACCAACACGGCCCGAUCCGUGUUCGAUGCGGAGAUUUUCGAACAAAUCAAAUCUGUGUUCUCUACUUGCUGGCGACGACUGAAGGAUACCAAUGAUCUCAAUACGAUCUUCGAUUGUGAACCUCUGUUCAUACCGGUGGCUUCCGCACUAUCGCUCACGUCAUGAUCGCUGUCCAUGGCGAUACCGUUGCUCGAAUCGGCUCGGUUCGAUGGAUCUGCUGCAGUCUGUGCUGGUUGACUGGUUCCCCCCAUGUUUACCGGAGUCUGGAGGUGAGCUUCAAAAGACUGACAUUACUAUUAGAGUUUAACGCGUUCAAACAGUGGUGAGGUGUGAUGGCCCAAGCUUGCAGAGGUGGGCGCAACUCGUAACCAAACCAGCACACACGGUGUAUUCUCACACACACACACACUUUCACACAUAUCAGGCACUACAGCCGAUUUCUUCACCACUUGUCCAAGGACGAAAGUUUUACAAGCUGGCACGUACUUUAGCUGCAAGCAAACGGAAUUUAAAGGCAUUAAAACCUGUCAAGUAUGGCAAAAUGUGUUCAUUUUAUCGACAGUCAAACUGCGCGCGUGCGACGGAGCGUCUGUGUGAGUUCGAGAUCUUAAGUCACUAGAUUUUUAAGGCAGAUUACCUCCGAAUGGGGAUCCGUUUCCCUAUCGAGAGCUCUAUCAUGAAAUGAUCUCGUUUAAUUAUUACGUUUUUUUGUGCCAUUGGUUUUUCGUUGUCUUGUACAUUUACACUCGCAUACACCCUAGAUACGUGAAAAGUUAUUUUACGACAGGAGAAAGAUGCUCAAUGUGAGGGGACCAACAAAAAAAAGUUAAACUUGAAAACUGCUUAGAACGAAUCUUUCCCCCGCAUAGCAGCCAGUAAUUAGCAGUCCGGUUAUAUAUACAUAUUUUUGCUCUAGUAUUAGCUCUCCCGAUCUUCGUAGUUGUAAAUCAAAUACUCUUUCUAGCUAGCAGGCGGCUUUACACAAAAAAGCAAGGACUACAAAGGAAACUGAAAGAUCCUAAAGUAAUACAAUAUAGAAACUAUUCGUCGAAACGUAGGAAAACGGCUAAAGAGGUACAUGCGAUACUGAGAUACAAUAAUCUAAGAGCGAAAACAAAGACAAAGUUUGCAAACACGAAAUGAAUACAAUGUCGAGGGUUCAUUUUUAAAACUGAAAAUAUUUUUAUUAGAGAUGAAAAAAUACGGCUGUGAAAAAUUAAGAAGUUAAAUUAUUAUUACAAAGAGUGAAGCAAAACUUACGGAAUACUAAUUAAAGGUAUAUUUUUAGAUUUAAUUUAUAUGAAGAAGUGAAGAGGAAGAGCAAGGAAGCGAUCGAGUGAAAGGAAGCGAGGAAGGGGAGGUGUGAGGAAGAAAAAAAAAGAAAAAAAAACUAAAAAGUAUUAAAAAUAACACAAAAGUCAAAUAACAAAAAAACAUAAAAAGCAUAAAAAGUUUAACGAACGGCACAAGGAAACUGGAAUGCUAAUAAGCUUAUGUUAAGAUUGGCAGAUGCCUGAGGAUGGACAGAUAUUAUUCGCGUUACCUGCACGAUUGUGGAUUAGUUCCUUUUUCCUGUUAGUGCAGUUCGUUUGGCGCAAAAAAAAAAUAAUAAGAAAGGAACAAAAAGCAAAAAAAGCCAAGAAAAGAUGCGUUUUGUUUGAAGAGGUGAAUUCUAUCUCAAUUUUUGUAUACCCCUUUAGAACCAUAGAAGUGGAUAGCAUAGGCAGACUGGGUUAGGAGCGUGAGGAUAGCAACUAGAAGGAAACUUUUGAACGCCCACUCCGAACGGAAAAGUGGUUCAAGUGGUUUCAGCUAAAUUUAUUUCUUUUUUUCCGAUUCGUCAGAGUUAGGAAAUGUCGAGAUGCCAGAAAAAAUUAAGCUACAUUUGUCAAUUUUCCGUUACCCAUCUGCGCCGUAGAUGUAGUUCUAAGAAACAGGUUUAUCCCUGGAAAAAGGUUAAAAAGUCUUGUGAAAAAAAAGUUUAAAAUGUAACUGAAAGGAUACAAAAUGUGUUUUUCUUUAAAUUACUAGGCGGCUGUUUUGGGGUUGAAACCGAAUUCGGAUCAAUUUGAAUUUCCCAAAGACGAUACAAUUUUUCGAUCCGGAGUGGUUCAUGUUUCUUUCUAGGAACUUUUUAUCAUAGCUUAUAAAUGUGAAAUCGAUGCUGACAAAGGCUUUAUUAAAACCGUCAAACAAAUGGCAACUACAUCAUUUUGUUCCCACGCGGAGGCUAUUGGAUAUUUUAGGCGCUAUAACAUGCCAGCAAAUAUAAAGCAAAAUCCACCCAAUUCGAAUGUGAAGUUCAGAAAGUAGUAGGUAUAGUGAAAUCGUCUAAACUGUGAAUAAGAUUAAAAGGAAUCCGUUUUAAACGAAACCUAUUUUACAAAACAGUAAAA